AUGCUGGCUUCGAUGAUUUCGAUGGGUUUGAAGAGCGGCGGCCCAUCCACGCCCCUCAAGCAGUCCACCUCACAGCUCAAGACGAUAUUCGCUCUCGCUUCCGCCCCAGGCAAGGCAGGUAUAGCUGUUGUGCGAGUAUCUGGACCGGACGUGCGGCGGGUCUACGAUGCAUUAACGCCAACGCCAACGCACAAGCAACGCAGACUGCCGCAAGAGCGGGUGAUGGUGAACAGAAGCAUCGUGAAUCCAUCGACUAAGGAAGUCAUCGACAGGGCGCUGCUGGUGUAUUUUGCGGCUCCGCGCUCGUUCACCUCGCAGGAUACACUAGAACUGCAUCUGCAUGGCGGCAACGCCGUCGUGGGGGCAGCGCUCAACGCAAUCGCUUGUAUAGACGGUUGCAGACCAGCUGAGAGGGGUGAAUUUGCCAGACGAGCUUUCGAGUCGCAUAAAUUGGAUCUUACUGAGAUCGAAGGAUUGAGGGAUCUCGUUGAUGCUGAAACGGAAAUGCAGCGUAGAUUGGCAUUGCGGCAGUCGAGUGGCGCUGUUAGACAGCAAUACGACGAUAUGCGCUUGGAUAUCAUUCACGCACUCUCCAUCGUGGAAGCCGUGAUAGAUUUUGGGGAAGAUGAGCAGAUUGAGGAAGGCGUUUUAAGUCAAGCCACGCAAAACACGCGUGAUCUCGCCGCUAAAAUCGAGAAACACCUCCAUGAUAACAGAAGAGGUGAAAUUGUUCGCAGCGGGAUUCGUUUGGCGAUUUACGGCCCUCCUAACGCGGGGAAAUCAACACUACUCAAUCGCUUGGCUAGAAGAGAGGCUGCUAUAGUAUCACAUCUCCCAGGUACUACACGCGACGUUAUCCAACUUAGUCUCAAUUUGGGUGGAUAUCCUGUCUUGGUUUCCGACACAGCCGGCGUGCGCACGACGGAUGAAGAAAUUGAGCAAAUGGGUGUUAAAAGGGCUGUAGAAGAAGCCCGCCAGGCAGAUAUCACACUCGUCGUUCUUGACUUGCCUGUUUUAUUACAGGAGGGUAGACUUGAUGUGGAUUUGAAACACAUUUCCAAAGACUCAAUCGUACUUUUAAAUAAAUCAGACAGUCUCACCGCCCCAUUGAAUCAGACACAACUUGAUAAAGUGAAGAAGCUGCUAGAACCAUUUGAGAAUGUGUUUGCUGGCAGUGUCAAGCAGGAGGCGGCUUUAGAGGAGUUUUUAUUCACUUUAACAAACAAUAUCAAGCAGCAAUUCGAUAUAGGUAUGGCUGACAUGCCAAUCAUCACAGAUGCUAGACAUCGAUACCAUCUCGAGCAGUGUCUGCAAUUCCUCAAGGCUUUCAUAGGCACACCCUCGAAUGCGCCUGUAGAAGCUGCAGAGGAGCUGCGUUAUGCCGCACUUGCGUUGGGUAGGGUGACUGGGAGAGUUGACGUGGAGGACGUAUUAGACGCACUCUUUGCGGGUUUUUGCAUCGGCAAGUAA